AUGCCUUCUUUCACUACCUUCGUCGCUGCCAUCGCUGGAUGCUCCGCCAUUGUCAAUGGCGCUGCUAUCCCUACCGAGAGCACUGGUCUCCAGACUACCACUCUCCAUCGCCGAGCGGUCACUAAGGAGCAUCAACUGAGCAAGCGCGAGCCCGUCACUGUGGCUAUCCUGACUGCGGCUGGUACCGCAGCAGUCACUGCCAUCGUCAACGAGGCUGUCCAGGCCGCCGUCGGUUUCAUCGGCGACAUCUCCAACUUUGAUGCCGGUCGUGAGGCAUUCACUGUCCAGACCACCGAGGCCAUGAUGGCCAACAACCCCGACCCUGAACGUUUCCAAGCUGCUGCUUGCUACAACAAGGCCUUCUCCGUCGCUGACCCCGCCAACAUCGAUGGCCAGUCCUCUGUCAAGUUCAGCCUCGGCAUUCUCAACACCGACUACGAGUGCAUGUACAUUGCUGCCCCCAACCAGUUCUUCACCGAGGGUGACGGUGGCUUGAUCAACAUGGGAUGGAAUCGUGCAAAUUUUAAAGAUAUCGAGAAGACUAGGGCUCCGGCUUACAGUUAA